AUGGCAAUUUUCGACACCGAAAAGCGCACGCGCGGCCUGCGUGUGCCCUCUCUGGCAGCCUUGAAAUCUUCGAAAUCGCAAUCCGCGCAGAACAAGAAAGCGACCGAGUCUGCGCCAUCCGACGAGUCAACAACUCCCAAUCCGGCAUUCUCUGCCCCGCCACUACCCAAGCCGGCGCCGCCGCCGAACAAGGAACUCCCGUCUCCCCCGAAAGAGGAAAUUAUAGCACCGCCGCGAACAUCGUCCAACAACCCAUACUUCCCCCCGGUGCCCUCAUCCCGAGAUACGAUCCCAGAACGUCGCCCAAUUGAACGGGUCCCAGUUCCGGUCCCGUCUGCGUCCUCUCGGACAACAGGAAUGCGGAGCAAGAAAUCAUACCCUGAUCUUCACGCAGAACAGCAGCCAGUGGCCUUCUCUCCUCUGCCCCCCGUUCUGGCUCUGGCUCCGGUUCAGCCUCCAGCCCCAGUCGAUGGGGCCAAUUCCCCGCCGCUGGAGGAUUUCAUCCCGACCCCGGAUAGUGCAGAACCGCCACUGUCAGUAUUAGAACUGCCACGCGAGGAGCUGGCCCUCUCGCCCUUUGUACCCCCAGAGGUUGAACCGGUAGCGCCGACAUUGAACAAGAUCCAUCUCACAUGCUACCAGCAGCACCGGGCAAUGCCCGUGGCUCAGAACACAUGGUGUCCAAUGCCGUGCAUGACCUGUCUGAAGUUUGACAUGGAAAUCCGGCAUCGCUGCGUGUUUUGUUGCCUGCGAAUCUGUGAAGAGUGUUUCCAGACGCUGCAGAAAUGCAAAAACCGCUCUGUGGAGGAGCUGGUGGAUCGCAUCCCCGCUUGA